AUGGCAAUUUGCCAUUCGCGACGGAAUGCCGUCGCUACGAACAUCUCGCUGUUCGUGUGGCGCCAGGUGGCGGCGCGCCCCAUCACGCACACGCCCGACUCGCCCGCCGACGGCGCAGCAGCAGGCGACCGCAGCGAGCCGCUCGCCAUCCCCUCGAGCUCCAGCGGCACCAAGAAGCCGCGCUCCGCCAGUCUCGGCGGCUUCAGCGGCUCCUUCGGCAGCUUCGGCAACCUGCAGCUGGCCGGCCGCAGCAAGAAGAAGGACAUGCAGAGCAGUCCGCAGGUGAUCCCGCGCACGGCCUUGGGCCGCCGCGGCAGCCUGGGGCUCGCCAGCGGCGCCAGCGCCGAGGACUCGUGCCUGUUCGUGGACAACCUCAUCCGCGGCGUGCAGCAGCGCCUGCGCUCCGAGCUGGGCUUCCGCGAGGUGGUGGUGGCCACGGGCGAGGAGGCCGUGGCCUCCGACACAGACUCGGGCCGCGCGCGUACGCUGCUGGCCGGCUCCAUCCUGAACGACAGCGAGUCGCCCAGCCAGGACCCGCAGCCGUGGGAGGCCACGGCCGCCAGCAAGCGCCAGCUGCUCUACGGCAAGGACGUGGACCGCAAGGGCAGCGACGCGUCGCUCUGCAGCGAGUGCGCCAAGGGCACCGUGUACGUGUCGGACGGCUACGAGAACAAGCAGCGCCUGCUGGUCAUCGUGCCGUACCGAGAGGCCGGCAUCUGGAGCCGCAGCAUCUGCAUGAACCAGUUCGACAGCGACAGCGACAGCGGCUCCAUGAUGUCGUACCUCAAGAAGGCGCUGAGCGAGAACUACGGCGUGGUCAUCAUGAACCCGGCGGCGCAGAGCUGCCACCCACGCUCGCACGUCGAGAGCGCGUGGGACCAGCUCAUCGCGCCGCUGCUGAGCGAGGUCUUCAUCGUCGCGUUCUCGCGCGGCGCGCAGAUGGUGCUGCACCUGCUCAACUACGACAACGGCCUCGGCGUUAUGCAGGACCGCGUCAAGGCGCUCGCGCUCGUGGAGCCUUCCCACUACGUGAGCGACAGCGACACGUACUUCGCGCGCCGCAUGCUCGCGCGGCGCGCGGUGUCCUGGAUCCUCAACUCGGAGAUCGACGUCGGCUGCAAGAUCCCGCAGGGACACACGCGUCAUGGCUGCGUCUGUGUCUCGGCCGGUACGGUGCCGUCCAAUGUGCUGGGCAGCAGCGGCGCGUACGCGCUCGAGAUGGUCAAGAGCUCCGUGUUCGGAUCCUUCGCCGCGCGAUGUGGCGAGGCUGCUGGUAUCACGGUGAACGCCAGCAAGAUCAGCGCGUGCGGCAUUUGCCACCGCAAGCUGACGAUGCUGAACCGCCGUAUCCCGUGCUCGUGGUGUGAAGUCAAGUACUGCAGUCGGUGCUGCGAGGACAAGUUCGUGCCGGCGUUCGGCAGCUGGAGGGUGUGCUCUCUGUGCCAGUCGCUGCCCUGCUUGAUCGACCCACGCCGUAAGAACCGCAGCGCCAAGGGUCAUACGAGUCCGACGGCCGCUGCUCAAGAGCGGUGCAGUGUCUUCAUCCGUCCUACGGCGGACGAUGACGACCCGGUGUGUCUCGGAGACUUCGAGAUUGUCAAGCUGGUGGGUCGUGGCGCCUGUGGCCGCGUGAAGCUCGUGCGUAAGAAGCACGGCUACGACGAGGGCGUGUUCUACGCUAUGAAGGCCAUCCGCAAGAAACUCGUAAUCCAGCGCGGCCUAGUGGAAGCUACCAAUGCUGAGCGGCGUAUUCUCGACCGGAUCAAGCACCCGUACGUGGCGACGCUGUGCUACGCCUUCCAGACGGAGGCGAAGCUGUAUCUGCUGUCGAAGUACUACCCUGGUGGCAACUUGCUGGACCAGAUGCGUCUCGCACGGAGAUUUUCUGAGGAUCGCACUCGAUUGUACACUGCCGAAGUGGCGCUUGCUAUCCGCCACCUGCACCAGAAUGAUAUUAUUUAUCGCGACCUCAAGCUGGAAAACGUGCUGGUGGACUCGGACGGUCACGUGGCUCUGACGGACUUUGGCAUGUCUAAGGAGAACAUGCCGGACGAAGGCCGCACCACCACGUUCGUCGGCACGUACCAGAUGAUGGCGCCCGAGGUGUUCAGCGGCAAGUCGUACUCGCGUGCCGUGGAUUGGUGGGCACUGGGUGUUAUGGUGUAUGAAAUGAUCGACGGCCGCACGCCGUUCAACGCCAAGACCAACCGUCUCAUCAAGGAGCGUAUCGUGAACGUGGACCUCAAGUUCUCGCCCCGAUUUACGGAGGACGCGAAGGAUUUCGUGUCUAAACUUUUGACAAAGAACGAGGAUAACCGAUUGGGCUCGGGCGAUCACGGCUUCGAGCACAUCAAGAACCACCCGUGGUUCAAGGGGCUCGACUGGGACAGCGUGGAGCGUAAGGAUGCCCUGUUUGAAGGCCAGUAUGCUCUCAUGGAGAAGCACGCCAAGGAGUACCGUACCGAAGACAUCUUCGAGACCUACAUGAACACUGUGGAGGUGCCGAUCGACACGCCCGCUUCGGUCAAGAGCUCGAACGACGAGCUGUUCAACGACUUUGCGUUCAACUACAUGGACGGCCCCGAGGAGGAGCAGCGCGACAUCCCCGAGCCGGACGAGGAGGGCGACGGUGCGAGUCCGUUGUCGCCGAUGUCGGCCAGUGGCAGCACCGAGCGAUCGUCCAAGCCCCGGCCGCUGACCGUCAAAGAAGACAAGAUGCUGGACACGUUCCUCUCCACGACCGGCUCGCACUUCGACCUCACGCUGCUGCGCCCGAACCAGGCGACGGACUUUGGCAACUCGGCGUGCUCGUCGCUGAGCUCGGAAGGCACCGACGACGAGGCUGCGGAGCCCGUCGAGCAGGAGGACGAUCUGCUGGCCGUGAAGGACAAGAAGACCUCGGACACGGACAAGAAGAAGGCGCCGUCGAGCCCCACCACUCAGCCGGUGUCGCCCUCGAGCAACGCCGGCACGGACUCUUCCGCGCCGGAGCUGACCAAGACCGGCAGCAACCCGACGGACGCUGAGCCGGAAGCCGCCAAGGCCUCGUGAUUUGAGUGUGGGUAAGUGACCAAGCGAGCGACGACGAACGCGGUCGAGUGAGUGUGCACCGUCGACAAGGAUAGAGCAGACACGAGAGACCGCGUACACUCCAAGGUGCUGGUGUUGGUAUGUGUGGGAUGGACGAUAACAUGCUGGUAUUGAUUGAGUUUCCCCCUAGUAUACUGAAUCCGUGUACUCAAUCUCAGUACAUAGACUCCUAUUUUCC